GGUAAUCUACCCAUUUGCUCUCUCUCUCUUCUGUUUCAACUCGCCCUGUUUUCUGCUAAGGAUUCUUGUUAGCACAAACACAUGGCAGAGGAAGAAUCCAAGAAGGUUAAAACCGAGACCCCCUCGGAGCUUCCGGCCUCGCUGCCUGCUCCCGAACCGGCCGCAGCCCCCCAAGAUGUUGCCGAGGAAAAAUCCAUAAUCCCACCUCUUGCUACUGAAGAAAAGCCUGCUGAGCCGACAGAACUCCCUGCAGUCGAAAAGACGGUGGAAUCGACUGAGGAGAAAAGCAAGGAGGGUUCUGUUCAUCGAGAUGUUGUUCUUGCUAGAGUUGCGACAGAGAAGCGAAAUUCACUAAUCAAAGCUUGGGAAGAAAGUGAAAAAAGCAAAGCUGAGAACAAAGCUCAGAAAAAGCUUUCUUCUAUUGAGGCUUGGGAGAAUAGCAAGAAAGCAGCUAUGGAAGCUGAGCUGAAAAAAAUUGAGCAAAAAUUAGAGAAGCAAAAGGCCGAAUAUGUGGAAAAAAUGAAAAACAAGGUAGCCUUAAUCCACAAGGAAGCAGAAGAGAAGAAGGCAAUUGUUGAAGCUAAGCGGGGGGAAGAUCUUCUCAAGGCAGAGGAGAUGGCUGCAAAGUACCGUGCCACCGGAACUACGCCGAAGAAGAUCCUUGGUUGUUUCUGAGGAUAAAAUUCUUCAAAAAGUCUGGAUUAGAAAAUUGGGUCAUUGUAUAUUUCUUUUGAGAGGUCAUGUUAAUUUUAGAUGUGUUUGUCUGGUUUAUAUGGUGCGGCAUUGGCCAUUUUUCAUUAUUCUCUGUUUGCGUGUGUGUAUAUCGGAAGAAAUUACUUAUUGAAUUUGUAAGAAACAAGUUUAAUGUAAUAAUGUUGACUCGUGAAGAUUAUAGAAUGAAGUAAAUUAUUUAAGUUUCA